UAUUAUUAUUAUUAUUAUUAUUGAUAUCAGGUUGUUGUCUGCUCCUUGAUGAGCUGCGCCCUUGCUGCCCCCUCCCAGCCUCACAUCAACUCUGGGGUUGCCGUUGGACCUCUGACUGCUGCCUUUGGUGACCUCGUAUCAACCGGCAGAGGCCUCCGUCCUCUCUCUCUUGAGGGAUUUUCCGAGGACCUUAACCAGGACGGAUUUGUUGAUCCUAUUGCUCAAGCUGUCCCCGUUGUCCAUGCCGCUCCUGUUGCCACCUAUGCUGCUGCUCCUGUUGUCCACGCUGCCCCUGUCGCCACCUAUGCUGCUGCCCCAGCAUUGACUUAUGCUGCUUCCCCAGUUGUUCAGCACGUUGCCCACGCUGUCUACCAUGUCCCCCAGGUGAGCGUACACAGGCAAGUUCACACUCACACCACACACCAUGUCAUCAACCACGCCCCCGUCAUUGGAGCCGCAUUCGCUGCCCCCGUCCUCGCUGCCGCCCCGGUUGAGGAUACUCCUGCUGUCGAGGUUGCCGCUGAGGCCACAGUCGAGGCUGCAUAAACAGCUAAUGAAUCUUUAGUUAGAAAAGCUUGAACAAAGAAGUUUGAUAAUAUUAUUCUCAUAGUCUUAACAUUCUGGCCAGAUGUGUCUUGGCAAUCAAAACCAAUAAAAAAUAAAACCUA